AUUUAUUUCAUUGGCUUUCCAAUUCAAUUUGCAGCAGCGAUCAAAAUUUGAGUCUUUCUCAAUUUAGUCCUGUUGCUCUUUUCGCGCCCAUGUUUAAAACCUUCGCAACCUCAAAUUUCAAUUUGCGAACCACCAGUUUACAAAAUUUAACUGUCGAAAAAGGUUUGUUUUUGCUGCGCCAGUCGAUGUUAUAAUUGACCGCAGUUAUUGUUAUUGACGUGAAAAGUGCAUUUUCUCAGUCCAAAUUGCCCCGACUUAAUGCAAAUAUAAACACGCUAACUUUGCUCUAAAACCCUUAAACGAAUUCAAAAAUGGCAGAUGAUCAAAGAUCACCGAAAUCGAGUUCUUCCCAAUUUUCAACCCCGGCGAAGCAAAACUCUGGGAAUUUUCAUAAGGAGGGCGAUAAUACAAACACGACGCCGAAGUCUCAGCAAAUCGGGCCCGAAGUUUCGCCCUCGAAGUCAACAAGCAGUUCGGUUGACUAUGACGAGUCGAACCUCAUAAUAAAUUAUGUGCCGGCAACCAUGACUCAAGAGGAAUUGCGACUACUUUUCUCUCAAGUGGGGCCAGUGGAAAAUUCCAAAGUGGUGCAGGAUAAAAUAACUGGCCAGUCACUUUGCUACGGGUUCGUCAAGUUCAAAUCGGCGGAAGACGCGAGAAAGGCUGUGGAAUUCUUCAACGGUCAAUUCGUUGGACCAAAAAAACUCAAGGUGUCGAUAGCUCGGCCCAGUUCACCCCAGAUCAAGGAUGCGAAUCUGUAUGUGAGUGGCUUCCCCAGAACAUACUCUGUGCACCAGUUCUGUCGUAUGUUCCUGCCGUAUGGAGAAAUCAUCACUGGAAGGAUACUCUUCGACUCCCUCGGAAGAUCACGAGGUGUCGGCUUUGUUCGACUCGACACUCAUGGGAACGCUGAGAAGGCAAUCGCCAGUCUGAACGGAUACAAAUUCCACGGAUACCGAGAAAGACUCAAUGUCAAGUUCGCAAACCCAAACGGAAGUGGGCCUUCCAGUGGCCAUACAGGGCCUCACUAUGGACUUAUGACCUCGACUUCCUAUUUCACUGCUUUAGACUGGGCCAUGGCAGCUGCUCUCUCGACCACGAAGAAAAUGCCACAUGUCGGAUCGGGUAAAAGGGACGGAGGAGACAAGAAUGGAGGACAGGGGGAAGAUAGGAUCUCGAUAGCAAAUAAAAAGAGACCUCUUGUUACUGACGAACAAGGACUGCCGAGUCAGACGCCAGUUAAUCAAAAGUUCCGAAAGAUGCCUUUGUGCAACGUUGCCAGCUGUUUGAACCCAAACUGCAUCUAUGGAUACCCGCAAAAAGUCAGUCAGCUCGGACCAACGCCACUCCCCUUGCCUGAUGUUGGAACCCAAGGAGCUCCUCCUCUGAGCCCCAAUGACACGGCUAACAAUGUAGUUGGCGGGGGUGAUGAAGCCGCGAAUGUGAAUAACUAUGCUAGUCAUCCACAGCUGGCGGCCAUCAGUCACCUGCAACAGGUGCAGUAUCUUUCAUAUGCUCUCUAUCAGCAACAACAACAACAACAAGCAGCCUCUUUGGCCAACAUGGGGUAUCUUCUAAGCUACGGCAGCAAUACUCUGCCACUUGCCCACUCACCCAACUCAGCAGCUGAAAUACCCUACCCAUACAAAAUCAUGCCUACAAUACUUGCCAGCAAACUGAAAGAAGAUAUCGCGAGUCUGAAUCCCAAAACGAAUGAACAAAAUCAGUCGAAUGUCAGUGAAAUGAAAGUGAAAUGUGAACCGGAAACGUCUCAGACACAGGACGUGAACAAACAGGUCGCCGCUCAAAGAGCAUCGCCGAAUCCGUUCGCUUAUCCUUCUUCGAAUAACGAACCACUACAGCAAUCUCAACUCGUUACGUCCGAGCUUCUUUUUGCUGAGCCGCCUUCAACGCUUGGAACGACUCAGUUUCCGUCGAAAUAUUUCAACGCCGAGUCUUUGUUGCGAGCUCAACAUAACCAACAGAUUGCAAACAUUCCUUGGCUAUCAAUGGAUAGCCAGUAUCUACAAAGAGACAGUAAGUCUCAGUUUCUGAAUGCUCAUUAUGGAGACCCGAAUAAAGUACAGGUUCAAAGCAACUCAAUGAGUCCGCUGCCGCUCAACCCGAAUUCACCAAUCACCCCUCAUUCACCCGGCUACUUUGGGUUCGGCUUCCCAAAUUUCAUGUCAACUGCUAGUUCCGAAAUCUCCCCAACUACCCCUUUGGUGUCUUCUGGAAUCGAACAGCCGACCACAUUUGGAUCCUAUAAUGCCGGAAGCUUGAGUAGUCCAGCUCCUGUCCUGACAGCAGCCGGAGUUCUGGGAAGCUACAAUUUUGCCAGCUUUUUGCCACAAACGCCACUCAUUUCACCUUCGGUUUUCAACAACGCAUUCAGAACUAUGCCAAUGGGAGAGACAAGUUUCAAAAAUUUAUCUGGAUCCUAUUUGCCGUCACCAAGUCCUUACGUUGUUGCGAAUCCCAAAACACUAUCGCCGGGCAGUGGAAAUGAGUUAUUUGUGUUGUUACGUAACAUUCCACUAAGUCUUCCAGACGCCGAUUUGAAAAGAUUAUUCGAACCACUUGUUCAAAAACUGAAAGGGUUUAACAGGAACAACACGGAGGCCAAACUGAUGUUUUGUUCACUCGAAGAUGCUCUGAGCUGCGUGAACUCUCUUAACGGAAUGAAAUGUUACUCAAACAUUCUAGAAGCUUCGCUUGUGCCAGUUGCUAGCACAUUGCUUUGA